CUAAAAAAAAAGUUUCGAUAUGUUAGUUUUUAGGCAGCCUGUUAGUGUUCUUAUAACAAGCACUAUGAAUAAAUACGAAUAUCAAAUCAAUGUCCACUAUUUGUUUAAAAACAAAAAAUGCCUGAGCUUACCUAACUAAAAUAUGAAUUUUCCCGUACAAUCCCUACAAACGUACAAAUUAAAUGUUGGAGCAUGAGUGUAUAUAUAUAUAUAUGUGUGAUGUGUACAUUAUUAUGACAUACUUGUCCAACAAACACAUGGUAAUUUGAAGUUUAGUCUUAAACCUCAGCUGUCCUUCUCAAACAACCUUAACCAAAUCAGUCUCAAACUUUAGCAGAAAAAAAAAAGAGAAUUUGGACAAUAUGGUUAAGGAAAAUGAAGUGCCUGGAAGAUUGGAAUGGAGGGUUAACAUGCCUAAUGGCUCAUCGCGAAUUUUAGCGCCUGAGUCUAGGGAGACAUGCAAUAGAUUGCAAAGUUUAGUUAUGGGGAUUUUUUUAAACAUCAGGGGAUUUCUUGACAAAGCAUGGAAUUUAGCUGUAAAUGAGCCAAAAAAGGUUGUUCAUUGCCUUAAAGUAGGAUUGGCUCUUUCCCUUGUGUCAGUGUUUUAUUACAUGAAGCCUCUUUAUGAUGGUGUUGGAGGGAAUGCUAUGUGGGCUGUUAUGACUGUUGUUGUAGUUUUUGAGUAUACUGUAGGUUCUACACUUUAUAAGUGUGUAAAUAGAGCUAUUGGAACAUGUCUAGCUGGAUCUCUAGGAAUUGGUGUUCAUUGGGUUGCAAGUCAAGCUGGAGAUAAAUUUGAACCUGUUAUUCUCCAAGUUUCAGUUUUUCUCUUGGCUGCUGCAGCAACCUUUUCUCGGUUUAUUCCUACAAUAAAAGCGCGAUUUGACUAUGGUGCCAUGAUCUUUAUCCUUACCUUCAGCUUAGUGUCAGUGUCAGGCUAUCGCGUUGAUAAGUUGGUUGAAUUGGCUCAUGAAAGGGUCUCCACUAUUGCUAUUGGGGCCUCCAUCUGUAUUUUCAUUACCAUGAUUCUCUGUCCAGUAUGGGCAGGUACUGAGCUGCAUCAUCUCAUUAGUAACAACCUGGAAAAACUUGCUGAUUCCUUGGAAGGAUAUGGUGCUGAGAACUUCAGUGUAGAUGGCAGUAAAAAUGUACAUGAGAAAGAUUCCAGUAAGAGAUUGCAAGGCUACAAAUGUGUUCUUAAUUCUAAGGCUGCUGAAGAAUCCAUGGCCAAUUUUGCCAGAUGGGAGCCAGCACAUGGAAAAUUCAAUUUCCGACAUCCAUGGAAACAGUACCUCAAGAUUGGAGCUUCAAUGAGAAGCUGUGCCUAUUGCAUUGAGACUCUCCAUGGUGGCAUUAACUCCAAUACUGAGACUCCUGAGUUCCUUAAGAAGCCUCUCAAUGAUGUCUGCAUGAGAUUAGGUACUAGUUCCUCCAAAGUGCUAAAAGAGAUGUCGAGUAUGAUAAAAACAAUGAAAAAAUCAACAAAGCUAGAUAUACUUGUUGAUGAAAUGAAUUCUUCGGUAGAAGGCCUUCAAAAUGCCCUCAAAAUCUUCCCAAGUUACCAGCAUAUACCAACCCCAGAUCCCGCAACUGAAGAGGCACCUAAUUGUACAGAAGAGACUAGCUUGAAACCUACUGCUUUAUCGCUCAUGGAAAUUGUUCAAAUGGCCACCCUAACAUCACUGCUCGUAGAAAUAGCAUCAAGAAUAGAAGGGAUUGUAGAGGAGGUCAAAGAACUGGCAACCCAAGCAGAAUUUAGAGACGAAAGCAGCAAGAAGUCCAAACAAACUCAAACAAAGAUAAAUGGAAAUGAUGGUAAUGAGCAUGAAGUAACAGUGAAGACUCUUCAACAAGUCUGAGUUAAUCACCAUUAUAGGAUGAACCAAACAUGGUGGGGUUUUGACAGGCUCUCCGGUUUUAUGAGACAUCUGUAACUGUAAACUGCAUAUUGUACAGAAAACAGAUGACUUUCAUUACUAUAGUAGGAACAUUUGAGGAAAUAUAGGAUGAAGUUUCUUUCUCCUCCUCUUUUACUGCAUCCCUCUAUCUACCUUACUCCAUUUUUCUACUCUUGAAAUAAGUGCAGAGGAUAAAGAACCAUGUUUUUACAUAUUCUGAACUUUUUUGUCGACACAAACGCAUUUCCGCAAGCUUAACUAGUUAGUAGAAAUAUAAAUGAUACAAUGAUAACAACUAAGCUAUUUGAAUUUGUUCCUCCAUAUGAAUCUGUCAUGACAUUACUAUUUGAGUUUAGAUAACCUAAUUUUCUUUAUGAGAACAAAAAUAAAGGUGGCACAAGUUCAGCUUCUCAUUCUUCAUGCGAUUGAGAAGAAAUAUUAUCCAGAUAAUAUGUAGAUCUAAGGUAAUUAAACUGCAUGAAGCAGCAUGCACCAAACCCAGCUCUAGUUAUAUCUAAGCUACUUCUAAGUUUUAACCGCAUCUCUGACUCGUCGCCAGAAGGCAUACAGUUAACGAGGCAUGAAUUUACUGGUUUUAUUUUUGCUCUGUCAACUCUAGGUUGAAACAGAUAGAAUUAUGUGAACUCCUUAUAGUGCAAUUCAACCUAAACAUAGUGACCUCACUCAAGUCAAAAUUAAAUAAUAAUGAAGAAUCACAAGUAGGUAAUCUUGUGUGACGAGAUAUAAUGUUAUAUAAAAGUUUUUUUGGUAAGGAAAAUCUGUUGGUAAAAAGAAAUGGACAUUCUUUCUCAUAUAUCAGAGGUGAAAUAUUAGUUGUUGAUAUGAGAAGGGUCAACCUUUCUACUACGGGGAAGGCCAGGGAGUCCAUGGAAUACUUCUCUUCUCUGGGUUUCUUCCUGGAAUUUCCAUGAACCUGGCAGUUCUUGCCUACCAAAUUCAAGGAAGUGUUUUACCCAACCAGUAAAGGAAAAGGGGUCGAUAAAGGAGGGAGGUGCGGUAGGGAAGGAGAGCGUUAU